CUCUUAGUAGAGAGGAUCUAAGGGAACAGGACUGCAGCAGAAAGGGACGGAAAAGCAAUCCACCAUCUGCUUGCAGCAAAUGAAUUUAGAGCCUUCAGAUGAUGAUGCUAUUGAAAAAGCAAGUGAAAACAAGACAGCAACAUGUCAAGAUCCAGAUUCCAAACCCACUGUGAAAAAGAAAAGAAAGCAGCCUACAGAGUGUUUUUUAAAUCAGCCUGAAGAAAAGCAAGAGAGCACUGUGAAGGCAAAGAAGAGAAAGAAGAAGAAGAUUUCUGAUGUUCUGCAAAAAUCUGCUCCAAAACCUGGUGUCCCUGCAGAUCUACAAAAUCUGCUUGCUCAACAUUUUGGUGAAAGCCGUUCUGUGAUUGAAAGAGAGGAAUUACAGCUGUCAGAUUCCUGUUUUUUGCCAACCAAUGAUCUUACCCACAGUUUUUCUUCAUACUUGAAGGAAAUCUGUCCUAAGUGGGCGAAGCUCCGGAGAAACCACAAGGAGAAGAAGUCGGUGGUGAUGCUGGUCCUCUGCAGUUCUGCCCUUCGCUCCUUGGAACUCAUCAAGUCAAUGACAUCUUUUAAAGGAGAUUGCAGAGUUCUCAAGUUGUUUGCAAAGCACAUAAAGAUAAAGGAACAAAUGAAUAUGUUGGAGAAGGGCGUGUUCCACAUUGGGGUUGGAACUCCUGGGAGAGUAAAGGCACUAGUGGAGCAAGAUGCCCUGUGCUUGAACUCCAUGAAAUAUAUGAUUCUGGAUUGGAACUGGAGAGAUCAGAAACUAAGGAGAAUGGUGGACAUCCCUGAGAUAAAGAAAGAAACAAUUGACCUGCUGGAGAAGAGUAUUAUAAAGCUGUGCAGAGAUGGAUCUGUGAAGCUGGGACUCUUUUAAUGAGUUUACCAACAAGGAAGUAAUUUGCAGCUGUGUUUUACUAUUAUCCUGCCUGCAACUGAAUUUUGACUUUUCAGAGGUCUCAAUACAGAAGGCACAUUGCAACUUUUUCUAAGUUUUCUUUUAAUAAAAACCCAGAAGUUUUGUUUGUAGUUCUAGUAUUAUUUUUAUUGCAGGAACAAUGUCAGAGUUACACUACUUUCACCUGCUAGAUUUACUACUAUAUGUCACUAGUAAGACUUUGAAGAUGAGCAAACAUGGGUGUGAAUGUCUUUGCACAGCUCAGUUUUAUGUUCCCUCCCUGUGCUGUCCCAAACGAGACACGUAUUUCUCUCAUGGGAGUGGUAAUGCAGUUCUUGCCCUUGGGCAUCUUUGAAAAAGUUGUAUGAAUUUCAAUAACAUGUUAAAAAGGUGUUUUUCACCUAUCUGUUCUAGAGCUGGCCAAAUGCUGCUUUUUGCUUUUACAUGAGAAAUUAUCUGUGUAUUAUACUGAGAUUUUAUUUUGGUUAAACUGUUCAAGUGUGCAAGAAGUAUUCUUAUGUCUGUCCAUUUAAAUUAAAAUGAGGUGAUCUCUG